CACGUUCGGAGCGGAAGAGAAACGACGCGACGUUAGUCCCGUACGUGUCGCGCUCGUUCGUGGUUCAUUCGCGUGGUUUUAGAGCAACGCGAGCAACGUGAUCGUCGACGUGAUGACGUCAGAUCUCGUAGCAUAGAGGCCCGAAGGAGAACGCGAGUUUAAAGCCGAGUAGGGCGUGAAAUCGUGCGUACGUACCUUCAUCAUCGGAUGGAAAGUGUGUGCGAAUAACGGCGUGCGCGUGUAUGUGUGUGCGCGUGUCUCUCCGUUCCGUUUUUUUAUUAUUUAUCCGCGGGACUCAAUUAUGUACGGUGCUGUUUUAACGUGAUAACGACGGUGUGAAAUAUAUCUAGGUGUUACCAUGUUCCGCUGCAUUCCGAUUUUUAAAGGGUGUAACAGACAGGUGGAAUACGUCGACAAACGUCACUGCUCGCUGCCGUGCGUCCCGGAUGAUAUCCUCCGAUACUCCAGGAGCUUGGAGGAGCUUCUGCUGGACGCGAAUCACAUCCGCGAUCUGCCGAAGAAUUUCUUCCGACUACAGAGGCUACGGAAGCUCGGCCUGAGCGACAAUGAAAUACAUCGUUUGCCGCCAGACAUCCAGAAUUUUGAGAAUCUCGUGGAGCUGGAUGUGUCCAGGAACGAUAUACCGGACAUUCCUGAGAACAUCAAGAAUUUACAGGCGCUACAGGUGGCGGACUUCAGCAGUAAUCCUAUUCCAAGGCUUCCAGCAGGAUUUGUACAGCUGAGGAAUUUAACCGUACUUGGACUUAAUGAUAUGUCCCUUACAAACUUGCCGCCUGAUUUUGGAAGUUUGGAGGCAUUGCAGUCGCUGGAAUUAAGGGAGAAUUUGCUCAAAUCCUUGCCCGAAUCGCUCUCACAGCUCCUCAAACUCGAACGACUGGAUCUCGGUGAUAAUGAGAUCGAAGAAUUGCCUGCGCAUAUAGGAAAAUUACCAGCGCUACAAGAAUUAUGGCUCGAUCAUAAUCAGUUGCAACACUUGCCGCCUGAGAUAGGCGAACUGAAAACACUAGCGUGUUUAGACGUUUCGGAAAAUCGUUUGGAGGAUCUUCCUGACGAAAUCGGCGGUCUCGAAUCAUUAACGGACUUGCAUUUAUCGCAGAAUGUUAUCGAGAAAUUACCCGAUGGACUUGGCGAACUGAAGAAAUUAACGAUCCUCAAAAUAGAUCAAAAUAGACUCUCUACACUAAAUUCAAGUAUAGGAAGGUGCGAGAAUUUGCAGGAACUAAUUCUUACAGAGAAUUUUCUUUUAGAGUUACCGGUAUCGAUAGGCAAACUUCACAAUUUAAAUAAUUUGAAUGUUGACAGAAAUAGCCUGCAAUUUCUACCCGUAGAAAUUGGAAAUUUGAAAAAGUUGGGUGUAUUGUCUUUAAGAGACAAUAAAUUACAAUAUCUUCCUGCUGAAGUGGGACAAUGCAGUGCUCUUCACGUUUUAGAUGUAUCUGGCAACAGAUUACAUUAUUUACCAUACUCCUUGAUCAAUCUAAAUCUGAAAGCGGUAUGGUUAAGUGAAAAUCAGGCACAACCAAUGUUAACGUUCCAGACUGAUGUUGACGAGGAAACGGGGCAAGAAGUAUUAACGUGUUUUCUUUUACCUCAACUGGAAUUCCAUGCUGAUGAUUCAGGUAGAUUGGGAAUGUUGGUUGGUAUGAGAAAUGUUCAAGGUUGUGAAAUGCGUGAAUUGACAAGCAGUGAUGACGAAGGCUGGCAAGAAAGAGAAGCCUCAAGAACGCAUUCAGUGAAAUUUACUGAUGAGCCACCAGAAGCUGACAAAGAGACUCCAUUUGUACGUCAAAAUACACCACAUCCAAAAGAGUUGAAAGCUAAAGCACACAAGUUAUUCAGCAAAGGAAGAAGUGAAAGUCGAUCUGAAUCAACAGAUGAACAAGAUGUUUCUCAAACAUUUGGAUUAGAUAAAACCGAAUCGGAUACAUUGGCCAAUGCUGUAGACAUGCCACAAUGCGUUUCUGAGCAAGAAGAACACGUGGAAUGUGAUACUGUACAAAGUAAUCAUAAAUUACCAACACCUGGUGCCGAAUCAGAUAACACAGAUGUUCAAAUCAAUAAAGAGACAGACGAUUUUCCUGUUCAAUAUGCUACAGAAACUAAUUCAAAUGCAAAAGCUGAAAAUUCCAUCCCAGAAUCAAAAGAAAAAGAGGAAUGUGAAGAUGAAUCUGAAAACGAAGAUGUGCAAAGACAUGUCGAAUUUAGUAUUGCAGAAGACGCAAAUAAUGAAGAUAUUUGUGAUUCAAAUAAGCCCAAUAAACUUCAACGUAGAGAUACUCCGCAUCAUCUGAAAAAUAAACGCAUUCAUACUACAAUUGACAAGGAAAAAGUUGCUUCUAUUAUAGCACAGGCACUUCAGAAAAAAGCCGACGAGCCUCCUGCAUCUUUACCUUCACAAGUAGAGUCCACAGAAACAUUUGAUGCGCAUAAUCAAGAUACAACGUCCGACAUUGAACCAGCACUGGAAAUACGAGAAGAGCAAUAUGAGAUUCAUAUCGAAAGAACGACAGGCGGACUAGGUUUGUCAAUAGCUGGUGGUAUUGGAUCGACACCGUUCAAAGGUGAAGACGAAGGCAUUUUUAUUUCAAAAGUUACUGAAGGUGGACCUGCGGACUUGGCUGGUUUGAGAGUAGGUGAUAAAGUAAUAUCUGUAAAUGGAGUAUCUGUAGUGAAUGUGGAUCAUUAUGAUGCCGUAGAAGUAUUAAAAGCAUGUGGACGUGUCCUUAUAUUGAAUAUUAUAAGGGAAGUCACGAGGAUAAUUCCUCCCUAUGAACAGGGACCGACGAGAAAGGAUUCCGUGUGUUCUAGUUUAAGCACAAGUAGAGCACCAAGUGCGACGUCUUACGUCUCAUCCACAGCAUUAUCUCAUACUUUAGAAAAUGGCGACACAUCCGUGACUCAUGAAACUGCGAAGACGAAAAAAAUUCCCGAGCCUAUAACUUCUCUGAAAGGAAGCAGUGAACCUAUGGUAUCCGUGCUUUUUCAUACAACAUUAAUACGAGACCAAAAUGGACUUGGAUUUAGUAUUGCUGGUGGAGAAGGUUCACCACCAUUUAAAGAUAAUAGUGAUGCAAUAUUUAUCUCGAGAAUAACGGACGGCGGAGUGGCCCAAAAAGAUGGCAAAUUAUUAGUUGGGGACAAAGUAAUAUCUAUUAAUGGGGUAGACAUGAGAGGAGCUAAACACGAACAAGCGGUGGCUUUACUUACUGGCUUGGAAAGAUUUGUUCGAUUAGUGGUCGAACGAGAAAUACCCCUUUCUCAAGCAAAUCCCGCCACCGUUGUAACUCCAUCGGAAAAAUCGCCGCGUGUUAUAGGUGCACCGAAACCUUACACAGGUCUGUACAAUGCCAACAGUUAUAUGGCAAAUAGACCAGGAUACGGUGGAUAUCGUCGCUCCAUGGAUGCCGAUAAGGCAUUGUCACCGAGUCCCACCUCGAAAACGCCACCGCCACCGCCUUUGCCGACAACGUUGUCCGCAAAGUCCGACACCGUGAAUGAAACGCCUAAGAUGAACGGCGUAAGCGAGUCGGGAAAAAAUGUUUCGCCAACAUCUUUCAGCCCGACGAUUAAUCAGGCGUCAUAUCCGCAGCCGGCUCCGAGGCAUAGCGUCUUGCAGACGACGACACCUACAAAUAAUACCACUGGUUCCGCGACUACGACCCCUCACGUAGAGCCUAGACCGGAUGAAACUGCACAAGAGGACAUACAGGUACCGAAGCCAAUCACCAGCGAGGAAUUUCAAGCUAUGAUCCCCGUUCAUUUCCUCCGCCCUCCAACAUCCUCGCCUUCACCAGACUCCCAUCAGGGCCCCAUUGUGACAGUGACGAUAAAGCAGCCUGAUACAUUGCCUGGGGACGUUAGCUUCCCUCCAGCUCCCACUACACUCGGUAAAGUUACUGAGAGCAUCACAAAGAGUACACUCACCGAGACCGUCGUAACUAGGGUGACUGACAACCAAUUGAUGCAACCUCUUAUUAUCGAGGACGUUGUCCUUGUGAAAGAAGGCUCGCUGGGCUUUAGUAUCAUAGGAGGAACCGAUCAUUCCUGUACGCCAUUUGGUGCAAAAGAACCAGGAAUUUUUAUAUCUCAUGUUGUUCCCGGUGGCAUAGCAGCCAAAUCGGGUAAACUAAGAAUGGGUGACAGGAUAUUGAAGGUGAAUGGUACAGAUGUAACAAAGGCCACGCAUCAAGAAGCGGUAAUGGAACUUUUAAGACCUGGAGACCAGAUUGUGCUUACCAUUCAACACGAUCCACUCCCGGAAAGUUAUCAGCUGGUCGAAAUAGAGUACAUCCCUGUGACAGAAUUAGUGAUAACGAAGGAAGCAGGUGAAAAGCUUGGUAUGCACAUUAAGGGAGGUCGAAGAGGGCAGAAAGGCAAUCCUCUCGAUCAUAGCGACGAAGGCGUUUUUAUAUCAAAAAUUAAUUCGGGUGGUGCAGCGAAAAGAGAUGGACGCUUAAAGGUUGGAAUGAGACUGCUGGAAGUCAAUGGCACAUCGUUAUUAGGUGCGACUCAUCAAGAGGCUGUCAACAUUCUUCGGUGCUCAGGGAAUACGAUCACAUUGGUUGUGUGUAAGGGUUACGACAAAAGUGAUAUUGAACCGAUAUUAACAUUAGCCGAUAAUGGAGAACCUAAGGAAGCUAAAGUGUCUAACGAAUCGAGGGAUACAACCGCGGAUGGUACUAAAUCGUUGUCGCAAAGUGUGUCCAGUUUAGAUCGAGAUGAUGAGGAAGCUGCGAUUCUUAGGCAAGAACAAGAAAUGAAGGCUGAACUCGUCGCUUGGGAACAAGAAGAACGAGAACGAGCGCUUGUAGAACAGAGGGAGAAAUCUACUCCCGAAAAGGUACUAGAUGUUGUACGAGCGGCAGAAUCACUAGUAAGCAAAUCGAAUAGUCCUGUCGACAUGGUACCACCAAAGUCACCGGGGGGUACUAAAGAUCUCAAAACUACGACGAUUGUUAUGAGUAAACACACAUUAGCACCUCAGAAUCCUAAUAAUUCAAGAACAAAUGAGAGCUCUGGAACGUCAAGGAACUUUUCUUCGUCAAAGUCAGCUACUCUUCCUAAGGCAGCGAGUUUCGAACACUCUACCUCUAUGCACACUUUACCCUCUCCGACGAAAAAGAAAUCUUUGCCUAAACGCAGUAUCACAUUUGCCGAGCUUCCGCCAAUCUCGAAAAAAAGCUCGGAUAAAUCCCAUCCGUCCACUAUCAAGCCUACGUUAUCCGCAACCAUCGAACAACCGAUUCGACAUCCACCGCAAGAAGCAUCCGCUUUUCCUCCGCAAACCGUCGUAUCUUACGAAACACCUUCCUUACAACAUGCACGUUUCCGACUACCCCCGACACCUCUUACUGCCUCCGAAUAUUGGAAAAAUCUUGACACUUUGGCUUCCCUUAGCAAGCGACAGAUAGCACGUUCUGUUGAUGGGAAUUUUCAGGUUGAGCAAUCUCCAACUUCUUCUCCGACGCCGCCAAUGACAAAACUGUCAGUCAGCGAUAGAAAGAAGCUUUUUGAAAGUGCCAUGGAAGAACAUUUGAAACCAUCGCCUAAACCAGAUAAAAUAUUCAGCUUUUUAAGUCAGGAUGAGGUAGAAAAAAUGAGACAAGAAGAAGAGAAAAAGAUUGCAACUUUGACGCGAGACGAGUUGAAAUCAUGGGCACAGCUUGAUGAAAACGAAGGUCUCGAAGAUCUGGAUAAUCUUACAAUGGAUAAUCAGGAUAAUGGACGACCUAAUAGCCGACUCAGCUCGCGAACUUCGAUCCCUCUUAUCCAGAAUGUUCCCAGCAGCGUGAGGACAGCAAAAGCAGAACGUCGUUUGAAAGAACGAUUAAUACAAGAGGGCCUUAUUUCGGACGAGGACGAGGAACAGUUUCUGAGCCCCGCGGAACAACGAGCACUCAGAGCAGAGAAACGCGCCGCUUGGCGACAAGCUCGUCUUAAAUCCCUCGAGCAGGAUGCGCUUCAAGCACAGAUGGUGAUCAAAAAGAUGAGCGAGAUAAUGGACACCUCUAAUAAAAGCGAAGCGCGCGACGCGGCAGAUACGAUCGAGCCUGUUGUCUCCGAUCAAGAGAAGACGGUCGAAUUCGCUACGUUACGGCCUUCUAGCGCGGAUUUCCCUAAACUCGCCGUUCGCAGUAAAGUGGGCCCCCCUAAAGAGAUACGCGAAUCUGAGAAAGUAGUGGACGAGAAGGUCACUCGGCGUACCGAGGAAUACCUAGACGAGGUGACGGGCGAACGUCGUGUACGAACUGUCGAAUACGUCGAAAAGCUCAUUGAGCGUCAGGUGGAGACUCUGAGGGAGAAGAUUAUAUCGUUGGAAUUAAGUAACGCGGAAGACGACGUGGAAAGUGUGACCGGUGCGAGCGACGCCGGGAGCGAGAGCGAAGAUACCGCGGGACAAAAUACUGCUAUAAGCACCGCGGAAGAGAAAACAGAAGAUUCUCAUACAAUCUCGACCGACGCGACCGACGAAGUCACUAGUGCUAAAACGGACGCGAGCAUCACCGUCGUCUCAACCAAGAAGAAACGAAAGCGAUCGAAGAAAGGUCGUCACUGACAAAAAUGUGCAUUUUUAACGAAUAGGUGUGAAACAUUGAUGUUAAAUAUUUGAAUAACUUGAGCGAGAGAUCUUUAUUACUUCAAUAUUCGACUAUUACACGCGCGAAUUGUGUGUAAUAAUUAUUGUUCUAUAAUUAAAUAGAUUUAUACUACAUAAAUGAAUUGCAUAUAUGCAUAUAUGAGUGCACAUAUGUGUAUAUUUGAAAACGAAAUCGAUCACUUUUCAGUUUUCCAAUACGUGGGUACGUAUUAUCAUAUCUGCGCGCAUUUUAUCUUUCCUUUUUUCAGAUAAAUAUAAGUUAUAUAUAAACAAAAAAUAGCGGUCAGACUUUUUACAUAUUAGACGUAUUCGAUGAAAAAUGUAGAUGUUUACAUAUAAAACUUUAUGAUUGGUUUAGUAAAUAUUUCUACUUUCAUCAUCUGUACAGAUUUAUAAUUAGCAUCCUCAUUUAUCCUGUAUAUGUAUACGACAUAGUUUUACAAAUCUAAUGUGUGUAAUGCAAAUUGGUAUAUUUUAAUAUCGAACACUGCAUUUUUGUUAUAUUAUUAUCCAUAUAUUUUUCAAGUAAUUUAUAUAUAUCUCAUGUUUAAUACAUUAAAAGUAAUUUUAGAUUCAUGAGGUGUAAAAUAAAAAUAAAGUUUAAAGAAAAAAAUGUAAAUUUAUAAAAAUGAAAAGAUAAUUAAUAUCCUAGUAACAAACAAUGGAAAAUUCCAUGACAUGUUAUGUCUCUUUAUCAUUAUUUCUUGAAUAAUUUUUUGGAUAUAAUCUAAUUUUAUUUUAAUAUACAGGAUAUGUUCAAAAACAUGAUUUUUGCUAUUUCUGCGUUAAAGAUACGCGAUACUGUUUAAGCAAAAAAAA